AUGGAGGGCGCCGAGCCCCGCGCGCGGCCCGAGCGUCCGGCCGAGGCCGAGGCGCGGGCGGCCGACGGCGGGCGCCUGGUGGAGGUGCAGCUGAGCGGCGGCGCCCCGUGGGGCUUCACCCUGAAGGGCGGACGCGAGCACGGCGAGCCCCUGGUCAUCACCAAGAUUGAGGAAGGAAGUAAAGCCGCAGCAGUCGACAAGUUACUGGCCGGAGACGAGAUCGUUGGCAUCAAUGACAUCGGUCUCUCGGGGUUUAGACAGGAAGCGAUUUGCCUGGUGAAGGGGUCCCACAAGACCCUGAAGCUGGUGGUCAAAAGGAAGAGUGAGCUGAGCUGGAGGCCUCACUCCUGGCACGCCACCAAGUUCUCUGACAGCCACAUCGAGCCGGUGGCCUCCCUGUUCCCCUCUGCCAGCGGCUGCCCUUCCUGGCACGGCUGGCACCACUCGAGUUCUUCCUCCCAUGACCUGUCCAGUUCAUGGGAGCAGACGAGCCUGCAGCGCACCUCUGGCCACUUCAGCUCCCUGGGGAGCGUGGACAGCCUGGACCACCCCUCCCACCCCUACCCCUCUGGCCGUCUCUCCACGGCUAAGUCCAACAGCAGCAUCGACCAUCUGGGCGGCCACAGCCAGCGCGACUCGGCCUACGGCUCCUUCUCCACCAGCUCCAGCACUCCCGACCACACCUUGUCCAAGGCCGACGCCUCCUCCGCAGAGAACAUCCUCUACAGCGAGGGCCUCUGGGACGCCUCCAGGCAGGGUGGCAGCUGGCAAGGCCAGGCUGCCAGUGACCCUCAGGGCCUGGAGGAGAGGCUUGGGUGCUUCCCGCCCAGGGCCCUCGGUGACAGCAGUAAAAGCCCCAGGCCAGAGGACAGCGCUGAGCCCAAACCGGCUUCUUCUGGGAGGGCCAAUUUUGGGCCCGUCUGGUAUGUUCCUGACAAGAGAAAAGCACCUUCCUCCCCACCACCGCCACCACCCCCUCUCCGCAGUGAUAGCUUCGCUGCCACCAAGAGCCACGAGAAGGCCCAGGGCCCCCCACUCUCAGAGGCGGCCACCACGAGGCACUUUAUGGCCCUGGCCCGGGCUCAGCCCCAGAGCGAUUGGAGACCAGACCCCACCGACCGGCCCCGGAGGCUGGUGCGCCCCAGCAGCGGGAAGGGAGCCGGAGGCCCAGGCUACCUGCAGGAGGCCCGCCUGGACUUUGGCUGGCCAUCCUCUGAAGACAGGGCUCCCGGCAGGCUCCAGGCCUCUCUGUCCAGCACGGAUGUGCGCUUCCCGCAGCCUCCCCACGGGGGCCAGCACCCGCACCAGUACAGUGACGAGAGCCCCGGGGCUCCCGUGUCACCAAGGGAGCUGCCGGCCAUGGGCCUCGGGCCAGAGCCCCCCACCGCCCACUUCCAGGAUGACAGCCCUCCUCAGGUGAGGUGGCUCAGUGCUGCCGACCAGAAGGCGGAUGUCAGCGGGCAGGGCUCUCGUCACUGUGUGCCCACCAGGCAGCCUCUGCAGGCGGGCGCCAAGGCAGCACAGCCCCGAGGGGGAUGCUGGCCUUCCGAUGCGGGCCUGGGGGCCCUCCAGCGUCCUCCCUCUCAGCUGGUGGGCCAGAGCCCACGUCGUCACCUACCUCAGCAUGAGGGCGUUCCGGAUGCCCGUGAGACAGGACGGUGUGACCCGCCAGACGCAGGGGCUGAGGGCUGCUCCACAGCGACCCAGGAGCCUCCCGGGGCCAGCCACGCUGACAAAGCCGGCCAGCAGACAGCGACAGACGGCUUCAAGUGGGAGGACGGAGAGAGCAGCAGGAUCUCUCCCCAGAAGACACCCCUGCUGCACUCCUUGACCCGGGAGGGGACGUGUCGGCCGGAGAAUGGCCAGGGUGGUGGCUUAGCAAAGCCGCCGCCGUUCGACGCCCAGGUAGGCAGACCCACGCGGAGAAGCGACCGGUUUGCCACCACGCUGAGGAAUGAGAUCCAGAUGCGCAGGGCCAAGCUGCAGAAGAGCAAGAGCACGGCCACUCUGACCGGAGCCGGUGACACCGAGGACGCCGAGGGUGGCUGGAGGGCCGAGUUGGGAGGGGCCGCCAGCACCCCCCCAGAAGGACCCGUCACUGGCACCUACAAGGACCACCUGAAGGAGGCCCAGGCCCGGGUCCUGAGGGCCACGUCUUUCAAGCGCCGUGACUUAGACCCCAACCCGGUUAACCAAUACCCAAGGUCACCAGAACACAGGACAGGGCACCACGGGGCCUCAGCCUCCUUCCCUGGGGAUCCGGACACUGUCCCCCCCUUCUGGGAAACGGGCCCGGCGAAGCCAGCCUCGCCUGGAGGCGGUGUGCCCCACAUCCCCCGCAUCGGAGGCCGGAAACGGUUCACGGCCGAGCAGAAGCUGAAGUCGUACUCUGAGCCAGAGAAGAUCAAUGAGGUCGGCCUCGCGGGGGACCGCGGUCCUCGCCAGCUCCCCAGGACACCCGAGGACACCGUGGGCACUUUUGCCGACAGGUGGAAGUUUUUUGAGGAAACAAGCAAACCGCUUCCCCAGAGGCCCGGGCAGAGACCGGUGCUUCAUGCGUUGCCCAGGGAGAGGCCGCGGACAGCGGGCCGCGGGUGUGAGGGCGCGGAGCCCCGGCCGCGCACCAGCUCGUUCGCGGAGAGCCUCGGUGGCCACAGAAAAGCAGAAAAGGCAGGGGAACUGGAACCGCCACAGAGACUCGGAACCUUCGCAGAGUAUCAGGCCUCUUGGAAAGAACAGAGGAAACCUCUGGAAGCCAGGAGUUCCGGGCGGUAUCACUCGGCAGAUGACAUUCUGGAUGUGGGUCUGGACCAGCAUGAGAGGCCAAGGUACAUUCACGAAAGGUCCCGGUCGUCACCGUCCACGGAUCACUACAAACAGGAGCCUUCUGUCGAACCUCGAAGGCAGGCGGAGGACGCCAGGGAGCAGCGAGCACUGCCCUCCAUAGUCCAGGCAGAGGAGGGACGGUCCGCUCCGAGACAAGCAGGUGCCCCGUGCCAGGAGGGCAGUGCGGGCACAGGGCGGCGCCCACCCAUUCAGAACCCGCAGAAGCCACCUACGUCCUCUGAAUCGUCUCACACGUGGAAAGCCCCAGCACCGCCCGGGGAGGGCCGAGGCCGAGCGGGGACGCUACCUCGCGACUACAGAUACCCGGAGGAGAGCGGCCCAGCAGACUUGGGGCAGCACGCUCGGGGACAGGACUCGCGGCCACUGAGCACAGCCCUGCGUGCGCCCAGGAAGUGCUGCGGCCUCGAGGGCCCACCUGCCCCCACGCACCUGGUGGCCCCGGGCAGGGCCCUCUCUGUGCCCCCAGAGGACACGUGCGUGGCCCGCCUGUCCCUCCCCCACGGCCCCUCCGUGGCCCGCAGCGCCCAGCCCCAGGACGCCCCAGAGGCCGCCGCCUGCCAGCAUGUGAGCCAGGGUGCCACCCGUCCGGAGCCACAAGCCCCGCCGCCCCCCGCGGGCCAGGCCCUGCCCCUGCGCAUGGCCAUGGAGACCUCGCGCUCCCCCUCGCCUCAGUUCGCCCCCCAGAAGCUGACGGACAAGCCCCCCCUGCUCAUGCAGGAUGAGGAGUCAACAAGAAUCGAGCGGGUGAUGGACAACAACACCACGGUGAAGAUGGUGCCCAUCAAGAUCGUGCAUUCGGAGAGCCAGCCCGAGAGGGAGAGCCGCCAGAGCCUGGCGCGCCCUGCCGAGCUGCCCGCCCUGCCCAGCGGGCUGGAGAAAGACCAGAUCAAGACGCUGAGCACAUCUGAGCAGUUCUACUCCCGCUUCUGCGUGUACACACGGCAGGGUGCCGAGCCUGAGCCCCCCGGCGCCCGGGCGCCCCCCGAGAAAGACGGCUGUGCCUCCCCGCCUGGGCUCAGCUAUGUUAAGGCCAAAGAGAAGACCGUGGAGGACCUGAAGUCGGAGGAGCUGGCCAGGGAGAUCGUGGGGAAGGAUAAGUCCCUGGCCGAUAUCCUGGACCCCAGCGUGAAAAUAAAAACCGCCAUGGACCUGAUGGAAGGAAUCUUCCCCAAAGACGAGCACCUCCUGGAAGAAGCUCAGCAGCGGAGGAAGCUGCUCCCCAAAAUUCCGUCCCCAAGAACCACAGAGGAGCGGAAAGAGGAGCCGCGUGCGCCUGCGGCUGUGUCCCUGGCCACCAAUUCUACCUACUACAGCACCUCGGCGCCCAAGGCGGAGCUGCUCAUCAAGAUGAAGGACCUGCAGGAGCAGCAGGAGCCGGAGGAGGACUCGGGAAGCGAUGUGGACCACGACCUAUCUGUGAAGAAGCAGGAGCUCAUCGAGAGCAUCAGCCGCAAGCUGCAAGUGCUCCGGGAGGCCCGGGAGAGCCUGCUGGAGGAUGUUCAGGCCAACACCGCGCUGGGGGCCGAGGUGGAGGCCAUCGUGAAGGGUGUCUGCAAGCCCAGCGAGUUUGACAAGUUCCGGAUGUUCAUCGGGGACCUGGACAAAGUGGUGAACCUGCUGCUGUCGCUGUCAGGCCGCCUGGCCCGGGUGGAAAAUGCCCUCAAUAAUUUGGACGACAGCGCUUCUCCUGGUGAUCGGCAAUCCCUGCUCGAGAAGCAGAGAGUGCUCGUCCAGCAGCACGAGGACGCCAAGGAACUCAAGGAGAACCUGGACCGCAGGGAGCGCGUCGUCCUGGACAUCCUGGCCAGCUAUCUCGGCGAGGAGAGCCUGGCGGACUACGAGCACUUUGUGAAGAUGAAGUCCGCGCUCAUCAUCGAGCAGCGGGAGCUGGAAGACAAAAUACACCUCGGGGAAGAGCAGCUGAAGUGCUUGUUUGACAGCCUUCAGCCGGAAAGAGGCAAAUAAGAGGUCCGUCCCCAGCAGAGGCUAAACGUGGGGCUGCCAAGCCCCGUCCCCAAGGAUGCCAGUGAAAACCCAACCUGUGUUUAUAUCCUGGAGAGAGACUCCUCCUUUAGCAAAGGGGCUAUUAGAAAAGCAAUAACUCUGUGUUUGUUUGGGAUGAUUUAUUUAAUUUUUUAGUUUCCUUUUGAACACUGAGCAGAGUGGCUCACUGUCAGCUGUGUUCCUUUAAACGUAAGCACACCUGCCGCCAGGCGCUGUUGGCCAGGGAGCUCCCUCCCGCCGUGCUGGUGCGGGCUGGGCCGGUGGUGCAUGCGAGCCGUCCUUUUCCGUGGUAAAGCCGCCGCUCGCCCGUCUUCAGAUGCUGAACCAGCCGCCUGGGAAGCCACCAGUGUGUCAUUAGGUGCAUGAGAGGGGAGGCCCUGGCAUGUGUCUUCUCCUCGGAUUCGUCGGGGCAUGGACUGCCGUGUUUUGUCCCUGCUUGUUAAUGGUGUGAGCAUUCGUCGUCUGUCAUGUAUGAUGUUCUCUGACCCAGCAAAAAUGAUGAUGGUGAUGAUGAUAACUUAUUAACAUUUGGAAGGAUGAAUAGUUUUCUAGUGGUUAAAAACCAACUGUGAAAUGAACAACCUACGUCUUGGGUUCCCUCAUUCUAGGAUUAAAAUCGCCACUUAAAGAAAUAACGUGCAUGCUUUAAAACACACGCAAAAAGCCAACAAGUGGCUUUAGUCCAGAAUUCUCACUCGACAUCACAGUUUGGAUGAUGUUUUCCUGCAAAGCAAAUUACUUGGUUAAAAGUAUGUCCAGUGAUCAUAUGGUUGUUAUCUAUUUCCCAAGACCCAGAAUAUUUUUAAGUGACUGCACCCCGCCCAGAGCAUUUUUUCGUAUGAGUGUGGUCGUGAAUGAUAAUUGGCUACUUUGCUCUUUUUGCCUCCAGUCAGUUACCACGAGGGCCACAUUCCGUGUACUGUAAGACCCCUUCCUCCAGUUUUUCAGAGGUCCCAUGGACUAUACAACUAAAGUUGACCUUUUUCUGCCACAGAGUUUAAAGGUUCUGUGCCCUUUUUAUUGGUUGAAAUGGCAAGAUUCUAAAAAGAGCCUUUUUCUUUUUUUUAAAAAAGCACUGUCUUGCUGUCAGUUUCCAAUUGACAGGUCACAGAUUGGGAGGAAAUGUUUGCAAAUCCUGUAUCUGCCAAAGGAUUUGUAUCCAAGAUUUAUAAAGAACUCUCAAAACGCAACAGUAAGGAAACAAACAGCCUAAUUAAAAAGUGGGCAAAAGACUUGAAUAGACACUUCACCAAAGAGGGUGUAUGCACGGCAAAUAAGCACAUGAAAAGAUGUUCAUCCGUUGAUAGCUUGGUCGUAACUUACGUAUUUUUAUCUAAUAAUUGUAGAUUUGGUGUAUUUCUUUGAAAACUGUUCCUCUACUUAAAUGCAUGGUCAGUGGUGAGUGACUCUCCGAUCGAGGCCUUCAUGUGUAGGUGAUAUUAGGGCGUUCGUUCAGUCAGGGAGCCAUUUAAAUCCUCAUUUCCCCUUAUUCCCACGAAACAAGUUGUCCAGCAGGGUAGAGUUCCCUUUGUCAGCGGUGCCCACAGCCUCACCAAAGCGCACAGACACGUACAGACACACACACGUCUUAAGGCCUGGAGUCCGCACUGGCCGAGCCGGCGUUGCGGAGCCGGACCACACAGGCGCUGCGUCGGCGUCCACGCCGGCAGGCUCUGGCAACGCAGGCGGUGAGUACACCGCCUUUCUGGCAGCCUGCCAGUGUCGAAAGGAUAAAUGUCUUUCCGGCAGUGUUUAUUCCUGUUAAAUCAAGCCCUCGCUACCUUGAAACAUCCCUGUUCUGCCGAUGAAGCGUCCUCCUCCCCACAUGGAGGUCACUGGCUGUGAACGUUGGUCAGAGGCGAAGCUGGCCGUCCACCAGCCUCCACUUUGUCCUCGGAGAGACAGCCCGGGUCAUAGCAGAGUACUUCAUUUGACAAAGCUUUCACCUGUCAUUCUCCCCCCUCAAAUACAGUAUUGUGGUCGUUUUGAUGAUACACGUAUAAAAUGUGAAUAAUCAAAUUUGUGUGUUUGUACCCAGGCUUUUGAUGUCUUUUUAGGACUUCCUCUUCUACAUAGCAAUAUAUAAUGCUCGAGUACCCUUUUAGCAAAGCACAUGUAAUGACAGCUGUCUUGUGCAUCCCCCCUGUUUGCCUCUUGAGUGUCUGGUUGGCAGGGACCCAAAGAUUCUAGUGAGUCUGUGUCUAACUCUGUAUAUACUUGCACAUGAGAACAAUCUGGUGCUAAUGGUCAGCUCUUGGCAUUCUUAGGUGGUGGCUGUCCCCACUUGCCCUCCGUUGUGGUGCAGCUGUAGACGCCCUGCAGAGUGGGCUGUUGCCCGCGGCCUGCGCGCCCGUCAG